UACACCAAACUUCCGGUCUUGGUUGGCGAGUCGCCCAUGCAGGGGAGAGAACUACGCAAACUUUAUUUCAAACACACGAUGGCUAAGAACUCGAAAGUCGGAAUACUUCUGGAAUUUAACUACGAGGAGCCUGAGUUCCUUUAUCCAUACUAUAGAUUUAAAGAAGCUGGAUUUGAAACGGUAAGCAUUGGGCCAUCUACAGAUACUGUAUACAAAGGUAAACAUGGGUAUCCCUUCAAAGCUGAAGUGUCCAUUCAAGACAUAAAACCAGAGGAGCUUGCAGCUCUGAUCAUCCCAGGUGGAUUUGCACCUGACUACUGGCGCAGAGAUAAGCGUUUCUUAGACCUCAUCAGACAGAUGAAUGAUUUAGGGCGCCCCUUGGCGGCGAUAUGUCAUGGGCCAUGGAUGUUCUGCUCCGCGAAGAUUCUGAAAGGAAAACGUGCUACAGGCUUUGUCGCCAUCAAAGACGACAUAGAGAACGCCGGCGCCAUCUAUGAAGACGCUCCUGUUGUGGUGGAUGGCAACUUGAUUACCUCCCGCAUGCCCAAAGAUCUUCCGGAUUUCUGCAAGGCGAUUCUCGAUCAACUGUCGUGAUUUUUCGCUCAGCUCACUGGAGUUCUUGGUCAUCAUAGGGCGAUGCGAAAGUUUGCUACCUCAAGGAUCUGGGGUAUCAAAGCCACGAUGAGCACCUGUGUGUGUUGGAGGGGAGGAGGUUCUUUCACGUUUGAGUAACGAAUUUUCUUAGGGCGCUGAUAAAAUUGUUGGUUAUAAUUAUAUUUAGCGCACAUGAGUCACGCGUGUUUCUGGGAAUACGUUUGUGGUUUAAAAUUAGAUCAGUAAGGGAAACCCACCCGUUUUCUUUUUUUAGCAGUGACCAAUUGUUGGUAAAAGCUGACUAUUGAUGCUGAUGGCUAAUUCUUUCCGACACAUGGACACUUAUGGAAAGGGAAUGGUUUUAGGGAAUGAAGGGUUUGUGGUGGUCAAAUAGCAGUGUAUUGUUAAAGAUAUUUUGAGUGAAAGUAAUAACAUUUUUAAAUCGUGUGCACAAACGUGGUUCUUAUAUUAAAUCGUUUUUGGCAUGAUCAUAACUUAAUAAAAAAAUUUUUUUUUUAA